AUGAAUGAAAAAAGGGGGAAAAUAAUUGAAUGCGAGUGUGACUGGAUUGAACCUAACCGAACCGAACUGAACCCCCUAAAAAGGCCCUGGUUUCAUCAAGCAGCGCUUAUAUGCGCUAGCAAUAGGAGUGGUUUACAGAGGAAACUGUUAAGAGCCAAUUACAACAUAAAAUUUGGAUGGAAAAUUGCUAUCUGUUCACUCGCUACUUUAAGUUUUUCGAGUAUCAUUUAUGGAUUACUGUACCGACCACUGCAAACACCAGCGAUUAAAAAAGAGGAGGAGAAAGCGAAUGCUGAUGUAGAAGAACUGCUUCUGAAAUCGAAGGAGAAAGGAUGGAAACCAAAUGGUGAAGAUAGUGAAGAUAAUACAAUAGACGAAAAUCAGCUCCAAAAGAUCAGACGAUUACGCAAAAGAUCGGAUGAAUAUGAAACACAUGGAUUUGAUGAGAUGACUCCAUUGACACCGGUUGCUGAGAAUAUGACUGACAAAAAUCGUGGUAUACGUAAUGAUUCAAGUGAAAAGCUGGCAGCGAAAACAAAAAGAAAUCCGGAAACAAGUGUAAAUAAGAAGACGGCGUCGGUAAAUGAUCUAAAAACAAGUCAUGGCCAUUUAGCUAAUGCGUUAAACAGGAUAUCAGUACGUAGUUUCGCAUACUCGACAGGCCUAUUGUCACAGUCGUCGCAAAUGAAAGGUGCUGAAUCACUGUUAUCUAUUGCGAGUAGUGUUACUUCCAAAGAAUUCAAUAAGCCACUAAGCCGACGAGAUAUAUUUUAUUCUGGUUCAAUUCGAAAUUUGCCUGAAUUUAAAUCUGAAGGUAGCAAUUACCAAUCAUACAGAGAAUCACAAAUCUCGAUCUCUGCAUCAGCCGUUGUCCAAGCAAUCGCCAGCGUAUCACAAGCGGAAGAUAAUAAAUUAGGUAGUAAUUAUGAAACCGCUGGAGUACAAGACGAACAGCUGGAUGAACUUAUUGAUUAUUAUGCUGACAGGAGGUGCAAAUGGAUUCCAAUAAGGAUUCUUAAUAUUAUAAAUGAAAUGAUUGAUAUUUCGUUGCUGAAAGAACCAGCGAUGUUCUUGCUUUGCAUAUCAAAUUUAUGUGGCAUGCUUGGAUUUUAUGUGCCUUUCAUGUUUCUCAUUGAUAUGGCCGUUGCAAAAGGGCAUACUAAAGGCAGCGGUUCAUUACUGUUAUCAGUAAUAGGCAUUACCAAUACCAUUGGUCGAAUAGCAUUCGGUUGGUUAGCGGAUCGUGGUUGGCUGUCAGCAUUAACGAUUAAUAAUUUUGCAUUACUUGGAUGUGGUGUACUUACCUGUUUAUGUCCACUGCUUCCUGGUUAUGGGGGUCUCUUAAUUUACUCUGUUUUAUUUGGAUUCAUAAUCUCUGCAUAUAUUUCUCUUACAUCAAUCGUGUUGGUGGAUCAAUUAGGUUUGGAUCGAUUAACGAACUCUUUUGGUCUGUUGGUUGUCAGCAGAGGUAUAGCAUCAUUAUUAGGAACACCUUUGGCAGGAAUUGUUUAUGACAUGUUCGCCUCAUAUGACGCAUCAUUUUAUUUUGCUGGUGUGAUUAUACUAUUGUCUGGUUUGAUUUCAUGCCUCAUUCCAGUCGUUCAUCAUUGUAGGCAUGAUGAAUUUGCAAAAAAAACCGUGGAAGAAUCGAGAAUGGUGAACGAAGACAUCCAAUCUGGAAGGCUCUCAGUACUUACGGAGCAUUCGGAAGAAAAUUUAAUGGAAUGCCAACGCACUUUGCAAAGUUUGCCGCAGCAGCAGGAAUCUUUGGAGAGACUGUCUGAUAACUCGAAGAUUAUUCCAUUGGAAAAAACUGCAGGCUGA